UGCACUGUUCCCCUAAUACGCCUGUGAUGCACAGAUUGUACUCGCUACCUCGGUACCCUUGGCUAAUCUUGAUUCAGUUGUCCAACCCUGGAUAGUAUGCCCGACAUGCACUGUAUGUACGGGGACGAGGACAAUGCCGUGAUAGGCUGGUUUCCAUGUUUCAUGACUGCCCCCGCUACGGGGAUGACGGUCCCAGUUGUGGUAACCAGAGCGCCACAAUCCUCAUACACCACAAUACAGACCGUCACCUCUCCCGAGCUCAUUUACGCCCACGGUGUCAAAAUGGUCUACCAAGCGACUGACUUCGUACCCCCGUCAACGGGCUCCGUUACUGCCUCCACCUAUUUUCCCACGUCUUCUGAGCUCGGCACCGGCUCCGAGUCGGGCUUGUCCACUGGCGCAACCGUCGCGAUUGGCGUGACAAUACCCCUGGCAGUGUUGGGAGCCUCCGUCGCGGCUCUCCUUGUGUGGCGGCGGAAAAGGGGACAGCGGAUGGGCAGGGAGGCAGGUACUGAUUGGCUAAAGAGCCAUGAGCUACCGACAAAACCACACGAGCGCAUGCUGCCAGAUCGUCUUUAUGAGAUGUCGGGCGAAGGAGUAAUGGCCGAGAUGCCUGCCACUCGACAGACUGUCGAGUUGCCCGGGUAUUAGAGGGCGAAUAUUAUCAGCGCGGGGCGCGGGUGUAGAAACACAAAGAAAGGUAUUUGCUCUCGACAGGGUAGGGGUGCGAGAAGAAAGACGAUCAAUUUGGGACGUUGCUGGUUAGCUGCUAGGGUCUUGAAAAGCAGAAGGGGAUAUCAAUGCAGCUGGAGAGAAACGAAGGUUGCGAAGGCGAGCAAUUAAAUCAGCAUGGCGCACCUACAAGACGUCGGCCAGACGUUGCCAUCCUCAUCUCUACCAUUACUCGCUCUUCUCCGCCUCCCUACG